AGAGUACCAAAAACCAACUCUUUCUUCGACUCCCACGAUCCCUGUUGUGGUGCUUUACUUUUCCUUCUCCUACUCGUGCCAUUACGGUUGUCCUUGUGCCUUUUCUUCCCAUCAAAACACUGCCGCAUCGAAGCACAUACAUACAACACAUCAACACCAAAAAAGAUAGACGCAGGCGGUGAAGGACGGCUCCUCCAAGGAGAGGUCGCUUUUUUCUCUUUUGUUUCCUCUCUUUCCCUUCGUUUCGCAAGAAGCACAUCUUCAUUAUUAUAUUCACAACGUUUCACUGAACAGCAAAAGAAAACAUAGUUCACGUAGCGAACUUCACAUUUACCGUUUCCCAGCACAAAUCCAUGCGACACGAAUAAAAACCCACAACAAGCAUUCUUCUUGCUUCUUCUUCUUCGAAAAGGUAAACUCUGCUGCUGCGAAGACGACUCUGCCGCCUCAACACUGCCUUCUCUCUUUUUUUUUCUUCUGUUGUAUUUUCCUCUACUGGUCGAAGUGUAGCGCGUCUUCAGCGUUUGGUUUGGCUCGUUACGCUGUCCUGCAUUGCUCUCUUCGUUUUCUGUAGCACAAAUUCUGGUAUUUUUAUGUCUUCUUUUCCUUUCUUAAAGCAGUCGUAUUUUUGUUUUUAACAUUGUACAUACACACACGCACAUCCCCGAUCACAAAUCCAUAUAUAUGUCUACGAGCACGCGAAUUGUUUAAAAUUCAUAGCUCUUGCUCUCUUCCUCGCACACUUGACAAAACCACCACAACACCGACACAAUCAUGUUCGAGGAGUCGAAGAUUUUGAUGAUUUUCAAGUCGCUGCGCGACAUUGUAGUAAUUGGCGACAAUGACAUGGUUGUCACCGACAUGAACGAACCCGCCGUUAAGUUCUUCGGGUGGUCGGUGGAUGACGUGAAAGGGAAGAGCAUCACGUUUCUCGUCCCGACCCACCCGCUGGAUGUGCAGGACAACACGGUGACGCUGAUGGCGCGAUUGGCGAACUCGACGGACGUGCCGGUGGUGAUCCAGACGACGCGCGAUCCGCAUGCGACGAUGGUGGCGUGGACGGUGCUGCCGAUCAACCUGCCUCGCGUGUACGAGUUCGGCGUGCACAUGAACAUCCGCGCUGCCCUGACGCCGAAGCUCUCCGUCUCGGACCUCAACUUCGCCAACCGCACCGUUUUUGUGCGUGUCGACUUCAACGUCCCCUUCGACCGCGAAACCGGCGCGAUACGCGAUGACAGCCGCAUCCGCGCCGCCGUGCCGACGAUUACAAAAAUUAUGAGCGACGGCGGCCGCGUCGUGAUCGGGUCGCACCUGGGCCGACCGAAGGCGCCGAACGAGAAACAAUCGCUGCGGCGCCUCCUACCUCGACUGCAGGAGCUGGUGGGCAAGGAUGUUCUCUUCUGCGGCGACUGCGCCAGAGCGAAGCCGGAGGUGGAGAAGAUGAAGAACGGCGACGUGAUGCUGCUGGAGAACCUGCGCUUCAACAAGGGCGAGGACAGCAAGAACACCGCCGUGCGCAACCGACUCGCCGUCGCACUUGCAUCCUUCUGCGACAUUUUCGUGUGUGACGCCUUCGGUACGGUGCACCGCAUGACGGCGAGUAUGACGGGGGUGCCGCGUGUGCUGGGCGCCGGUGUGACGGGCUUCCUCAUUGAGAAGGAGAUCAACGCCAUCAGCAUGGUGAUGCGCGAUCCCGCGCAGCCGCUGGUCGCCAUCGUGGGCGGCGCGAAGGUGUCGGACAAGAUCAACGUGCUCGCCUCUAUCUUCAACUUCGCCCACACGGUGGUGAUUGGCGGUGCGAUGGCCUACACCUUCCUCGAGGCACAGGGGCACACCAUCGGCCUGAGUAAGGUGGAGCGCGUCGUGCGGGAGAAAGGGCGGGAUGUCGACCUGCACAACACCGCGCGCGACCUGAUGGACCUGGCCAAGGCCCGAAAGGUGCGCAUCAUCCUCCCGGUGGACCACAGCUGCGCGAAGAAGUUCGCCGACGCGGAGCCGAUGGUGACCAAGACGGCGGAUAUCCCGGCGGAUUACAUGGGGCUCGACUACGGCCCCAAGACGAUCGAGCUGGUGCAGCGCGCCGUGGCGGAGGCGCGCACGCUUAUUUGGAACGGCCCCGUCGGCGUCUUCGAGUUUGCGCACUUUGCAGCCGGCACGCAGGCGAUUGGAGAGUCGAUCAAGACGAACAAGCACCUCGUCUCCAUCGUGGGCGGUGGCGAGACGGCGGCGGCAACGUCGGCCUACCGCGACUUCAUCACGCACGUGAGUACGGGAGGCGGGGCGUUCUUGGAGCUGCUGGAGGGCCGUGCGCUGCCGGGUCUGAUCUGCCUCACGGCACGUGCCUCGCCGAAGCUGUAG